AUGAGGAUGACCACUGUGGCCAUUCGGAAUGCAGUGAGGUAUGUUAGAUCCUCGGCCUCCUCACAAAGACUUGAUUUUUUCAAAGAGUGUGUUGAAAGGGUGAAACUAGAGUGCAAAGAGCUUGUGGUUUUAGAUGUCCCUACUAGGUGGAAUUCCACAUUCUUGAGGUUGGAACGGGCUUUGAAACUCCAAAAAGCUUUUGAUAGAAUGACAGAAGAUGAUGCUGAACAAUCUAACUCGUGCUUGUUGGACAUUGCAUCACCCAUGCAAGACAAGUUUAAUAAGUAUUGGGGUAGCUUUGAAAAGUUGAAUCCCUAUUUGUUCAUUGGUAUUGUUCUUAAUCCAUGUCAUAAGCUUGAAAAAGUUGUUGAUUAUUUUGAGAUACUUGAUGGGGAGAUGGAUGAAAAAGUGGAAGCUAACACAAAGAGAGUGAAAGAUCUCUUGUAUGACCUUCACAAGGUGUAUGAAGAAGAGGGAAGAGAAAAUGGUGUUAGUGAGGUUAGUGUCACUCAAGCAUCAAGUGAGGGGGUGUCUUCUUCAAUUAAAGGUUGUACGGAGUUAGAAAGGAAGUUGAAAGAGAAGGAGCAAAGGAGAAGAGCAAAGAAAGCCGAGAUCAUCAACAAUGAUGUGGAUAGAUAUCUUGGAGAUCCUAUUGAAGGUGAUGGUGAAGACUUUGACUUGUUGAAUUGGUGGAGGGUGAAUGAAGUUUAUAAAUAUCUCACAUUGGUCCGCGUUGCGAAGGAGAUUCUAGCUAUUCCGGUGUCAACCAUAGCUUGGAAAUCUUCCUUUAGCACAAGUGGGACGAUUAUUGAUCAAUAUCAUAGCUCCCUAAGUCCUAGAAUGGUGGAGGCCUUGAUAUGUAGCCAAAAUUGGCUUAGAAGUGAAAAUGUGUAUUUACAUCAAGUGCCUACCAUUGAGGAGAUGGAUUGUGUGAAGAAGCAGAAAGAGAAUUGCUUAAGAUGCCAUGUUGAGCUGCAAUGGGGAGUAGUUGGAGUGGUUUGA